UGACGUUUACACUUGUGUUAUUGUUGGGUGUGUUGGUGUUUUGAAGAUUUAUUUUAAUUUAACUUAAAAACCUAAUUAAAUUAAUAAUAAAAUGGUGUAAUUCCUUGGUCAACAUUAUCAUUCAAGAUAAAUUUAUAAAUAAUUCGAACAUGACUGAUUCACCGCACGACAUAAAAGAAGUUUUAGACAAAAAUCUAGAAGAUGACGAAGUUCAAGAAGUCUUACGAAAUGGAACAGAUCUUAGGGAGUAUGCACUGCAAGUGGACAAAGGUAUCAAGGAAGCUGAGAAAAAUUCUGUUGCAGAUUAUUUAAAGGAAAGUGAAAAUAUUGGUUUACUUCACCAUCAGAUAGAAGACUGUGACGAUAUCCUGGCUAAAAUGGAAAGCAUGCUUAUGGUUUUUCAGAAUGACCUAGGAAGUAUCAGCAAUGAAAUCAUAAGCUUGCAAAAACGCUCUGUUAGUAUGUCCGUCCAACUAUCCAACAGACAGGUUCUGAAAGGCCCUCUUUCGUCAUUCAUUGAAGAUAUAGCUGUUUCAGAAACAUUAAUACUAAGUAUCAACAGUGUUCCUGUUACUGACAAGGAGUUCAUGGUGCAGCUGGCCAUCCUGAAUCAAAAACUAACCUUUAUGAAGGAGCAAGACUUCAAAGAGACCAAGUCUUGUCACGAUGUGAAAGACGUACUGGAAAAGUUAAGAAUUAAAGCUGUUUCAAAGAUAAGAACAUAUAUUCUGGAACAAAUCUACAAGUUCCGGAAGCCCAUGGCCAACUAUCAAAUGCCGCAGAAUGCCAUGUUAAAAUACAAGUUUUUCUUUGAAUUCAUACUGACUAAUGAAAGGAACAUAGCCCAGGAAAUAUGCAAUGAGUACAUAGACACGUUGAGCAAAGUGUACUAUUCCUACUUCAAGUCUUACUCCUCUAGAUUAGAUAAACUGAAAUAUGAAGAGAUGCCGUCCCGUGACGACCUGAUGGGAGUAGAGGAUGGCUCUAAGGGGGGCUUCUUUCAGAAGUCUAAUCUGAAGAACAAGAGUACAAUAUUCACUAUCGGCAACCGAGGAGACAUCUUGGCACAGCAGCUGGAAGCACCUAUCAUUGUUCCUCAUGCACAGCAAAAAACAAAGUAUUCGUAUGAAGCACUGUUCCGCAGCCUGCAGUAUGCGCUGGUGGACAACAGCUGCAGAGAGUAUCUCUUCACCACUGAGUUCUUCCAUGUGAAAGGAAAUCAUGCCCAGGAACUGUUUGAUAGAAUACUUGGAAAAACUCUAUCACUAAUGGUGAAAAAUGUAGAGAACUAUGUUUUGGAGUGCUACGAUUGUCUAGCACUGUUCCUGUGCAUACAACUAAUCAACAGAUACAGGUGGAUGUGUCAUAAACGUGCAGUAGCAGCUCUCGAUAGUUAUUGGGACUCCCUGCAUAGUAUUAUAUGGCCGAGACUAGAGCAUGUAUUGAAAAUGAACACCCAGAGUGUAAGGGAUUGUGAUCCUGCCAAACUGUCGAACAAAGAAUUAGGCCCCCAUUAUAUAACUCGCAGAUACGCAGAGUUUUCGGCGGCAGUGCUGAGCCUCAGUGAACAGUUCCCCUCAGAGGAGCUGAGCAACCUCUUACUAACGCUACAAGAGGAAGUCCAAUGUUUCUUACUAAAAAUGGCGGCGGAGUUUCAUCAAAGGAUCCAGCAACUCAUAUUCUUGAUCAACAACUACGACAUGGUACUGAGCAUUUUGAUGGAGAGAACCAGAGACAAUACAAAGGAAGCUGAGAGUUUCAGAGAGCAACUGCAGGCUCGCAGCGCGGAGUAUGUAGAGGAGAUACUGAGUCCGCACUUCGGAGGGAUCAUGCAGUUUGUGAAAGAGGGAGAGCACUUGGUAGAGAGUGACAACAAGGCUGCGCUGGCCAAUCUCGAGAAGAAGUCUCUUUCUCUAGUGGCUUCCUUCACCGCCGGGUGGAAGCAGAGCCUUGAGGAAAUACACAGAGAAGUCCUUGUCUCUUUCCCUAACUUAGUCACCGGGUCUGGACUCCUGCAGAUGGCGCUCACCAACUUUGUUCAGUAUUAUCACAAGUUUGUGAAGUUAUUAACUCCAAAUGCUAGAGCGCAAUUAGUCAACAUUCACGUCAUUAUGGUAGAGAUAAAGAAAUAUAAAACGAACUAUUAAUUUAUGUUGUUAUGUAUGUUGUAUGUAUAUUAUGUUUUACGUCGUGAUAAGUGAGUAUCAAAUAAUCAAUAAAUUUUGCAAUGCUUA